UCGGGCUCAACUCGGAAGUGAAGCUGAAAACAUGCUAAGUUGGCGUCGUUUGCCUUGGGAACGUAAACUGGUGGUUUCACGGUUCAACAAGGCGACAUUAUUUAUUUUUCUUCUGUUGUCUUAUUUCUCUUGUCUUGUUUCAGGCCAGUGCGGUACAGCUGUACAGACCACUGUAUGUGGUAAUGGUGUAGACUGUAUUCCAACAUCUUGGGUCUGUGAUAACUUUGAUGAUUGUCCUGACGACUCAGACGAAUCUCCUGCUAAUUGUCAAGAUGGAGUGACUGCCUGCGAUGUUAACCCUUGCCAGAAUGGAGGGAUAUGCACAGCAACUCCCAGAACAGACGAUACAUUAGCUUCUUUUACUUGUACCUGUCCGCCAGAUUUCUCAGGCCGAACAUGUACAGAAGAUGCUACGCGUCCACCUACAGAGCCCCCUACACCCACACCUCGGGUUGUUACCAACACCCCUGCACCAACCACACCAGCACCAGUUAACUUGUGUUUACCAAAUCCAUGCCAGAAUGGAGGGGCGUGUGUGCAACAGGAUGCUGGAUAUAUAUGUGUUUGUGUCAUUGGCUACGAAGGCACUAAUUGUGAGACCGACACAGAUGAGUGUGCUAGCAAUCCAUGUAGCUCCUUUAGUACAUGCAUAGAUCGCAUUAAUGCUUACCAAUGCAACUGCAUAGCGGGGUUCACAGGUGUACAAUGCCAAGUGAAUAUCAACGAAUGUUCGAGUAACCCAUGUCGUAAUGGCGCUACGUGUCAGGACGGCUUGAAUGGGUACACAUGUAUCUGCGUGUCUGGUUUUUUCGGUACUCACUGUGAGACCGAUCUUCAGGAGUGUGCGAGCACCCCAUGCCAAAAUGGCGGUGCCUGUGUAGAGCAGAGUAACGGCUAUCGAUGCCAGUGUCCUAGUGGUUUUCAAGGUACUAAUUGUGAAAGUGAAAUCAAUGAAUGUAUAAGUACUCCGUGCCAGAACGGAGGAACCUGCGUAGAUGGUAUCAACUCCUUCAGCUGCUCGUGUGUAAACGGCUUCGUUGGCACCAGGUGUGAAGUUCAGAUCAAUGAAUGCCUCAUCACCAUAUGCGAAAACGGUGGUACGUGCAUUGACCAGAUUGGAGGAUUUCAGUGCGUCUGCGUUCCAGGUUACAGCGGGACUCUAUGCGAGGUUGAAACUGACGAGUGUAGCAGCAGUCCAUGUUUGAAUGGAGGAAUAUGUGCUGAUACAUCUAAUGGAUAUGUAUGUACCUGUGUGAACGGAUUCUCAGGUGUCGUCUGUGAAAAUGAUGGCGACCAAUGUGCUAGUAGCCCAUGUCUGUAUGGUGGAACGUGUCAAGACCUCGUGCAGGCGUUUACCUGCGUGUGUCCAAGCGGAUUUGGUGGUGAUAACUGCGCGAUUGAUCUUAUUAAUGAAUGUCUUAGUAACCCAUGUCAGAAUGGAGCACAGUGCAACAACGAAAUAAUGGGAUACCGUUGCCUAUGUGCACCUGGAUGGUCAGGGAGCCAAUGCACAGUUGAUGGAGAUCAAUGCACCAGCCAGCCUUGCCAGAAUGGUGGCAUAUGUAUAGACAGUGCCCUUUCAUAUUCAUGUGCAUGCAUGCCUGGCUAUGAAGGCACCAACUGUCAGAUCAACAUCAACGAGUGUGCCAGCAGUCCAUGCCAGUCUAAUGCAGUUUGUACAGAUUUAGUAAAUGGCUUUCAGUGCAACUGCCCUGCAGGCUUCACCGGUGACCUUUGUCAAGUUGAGGUCAAUGAAUGUGCAAGCUCUCCCUGUGCAAAUGGUGCAACAUGCAUUGAUUUUGUGAACCUGUAUACAUGCCAAUGUGUCAGUGGAUUUUCUGGUGCAACUUGUGAAGAGAACAUUAACGAAUGUGCUAGCAAUCCAUGCCUGAGGAACUCUGUAUGUUUAGAUGGCGUGAAUGGAUACACAUGUCAGUGUCAGGAUGGCUUCUCAGGACAACAAUGUGACAUUGAAAUCAACGAAUGUGCGAGUAACCCAUGUCUUAAUAAUGCUGUAUGCACAAACCUUGUGAAUGGUUUUCGUUGCAUUUGCCUCCCAGGCUACGAGGGUGAUCAGUGUGAGGCAGAAACCGAUGAAUGUAACAGCACGCCUUGUCUUAAUCAAGCUACAUGCUUUGACCGUCUAAACGGAUACUUUUGCGAUUGUCUGGAUGGUUUCUCUGGAACGCUGUGUGAGGUGAACAUCAACGAAUGUGCAAGUUCACCCUGUCAGAAUGGAGGAGCUUGUCGAGAUGGAAUCAAUGAGCUAUCUUGUUUGUGUCCAAAUGGAUAUAUAGGCUCAUUCUGUGAGACUGAGGUUUUGGAGUGCAGUAGCAGACCGUGCCAAAAUGGAGCUGUCUGUCAAGAGCUAGUUGGGGGCUAUCGUUGUAAUUGUCCUCUAGGUUUCUCAGGGACUAACUGCGAAACCCAGGAGAACGAGUGUUCUAGCAACCCUUGUCAAAAUGGUGGCAACUGCUUAGACCAAAUCAACCAGUUCACCUGCAUCUGCGAUCCUGGAUAUAUUGGCACAUUUUGUGAAACGAACAUCAAUGAGUGUGGAAGUAGUCCAUGCCAGAACAGUGGUAUAUGUAGUGACCAAGUUAAUGCAUUUGAAUGCAACUGUCCCUCAGGUUAUGGUGGCACAUUUUGCGAGAUUGAGGUUGAGGAAUGUGACAGUGCCCCUUGUCAAAAUGGAGGAACUUGUGUAGAGGAGGUAAAUCGAUAUGUGUGUACUUGCUAUCCGGGGUUCAUUGGAAUCAAUUGCGAUAUACAGAUCAAUGAAUGCGGCAGCAAUCCCUGUCAGAACAACGCCGUUUGCCAGGAUUACGUCAACAGAUAUUUUUGCUCUUGUGCAGCAGGGUAUCAAGGGGUUAAUUGUGAGUUUGAAGUUAAUGAGUGUGCCAGCAGUCCUUGUAUCAAUGGAGGUGUCUGUUUGGAUCAGAUGAACGGGUUCUUGUGUCAAUGCGCUCCUGGGUAUGAGGGUAGUAGGUGCGAGGUUGAUAUCAAUGAGUGUGAUAGUAAUCCGUGCGUGAAUGAUGCCGCUUGCACAAACGGAAUUGGUCGAUUUACUUGCACCUGCAAUGCGGGCUUUACAGGUGUUACCUGCGCUCUUGAGAUUGACGAAUGCAACAGUGGUCCAUGCAGAAAUGGCGGUCAGUGCACAGAUCGGCAAGCAGGCUACAUAUGCACUUGCCCAAUUGGCUUCUUUGGAACAAACUGUGAGGCGCAAACUUUGGAAUGUAGUAGCAACCCCUGCAGAAAUGGAGCAGAAUGCCUUGAGUUGACUAAUGCAUUUGCUUGUCGAUGUCUCAGUGGCUUCACAGGAACAUUAUGCGAGGCCAACAUCAAUGAAUGCGCAAGUGACCCUUGUGUUAACGGCGCAACUUGUGAAGAUCUUGUAAAUUUAUACCUGUGCAACUGUCAGUCAGGUUACCAAGGAACACAGUGCCAAGAGAAUGUGAACGAAUGUGGAAGUCAGCCAUGCCAGAAUGGAGGUGUCUGUGCGGACCUUAUUAAUAUGUACACCUGUACAUGUCCUGAUGGAGUAUCUGGUACCAACUGUGAGUUGGAGAUACAGGAGUGUAGUAGCUCUCCGUGUACAUUUGGUGUUUGCAUGGAGGAGAUUAACAGGUAUAGCUGCAUCUGUAGCGAUGGUUACACAGGAGUUAACUGCGACCGUGAGAUUGAUGAAUGUGAAAGCCAGCCAUGUCUGAAUUCUGCAGAGUGCUUUAAUGUAGUAGGUGCCUAUUUAUGUUCUUGUACUCCUGGAUACGUAGGUACUAACUGUGAAAGUGAUAUUGAUGAAUGUUUUAGCAGUCCAUGCAGGAAUGGAGGAACGUGCGUCGAUGGCAUCAAUGGGUAUAUUUGUCAAUGCAUUCCUGGAUACGGUGAGAACAACUGCCAAGAGGAAAUCAACGAAUGCUCAAGUAAUCCAUGCAAAAACAAUGCUGUAUGUGAAAACCUCCUUAAUAACUUUCGCUGUUAUUGUUUAGAUGGUUUUGAAGGUGAUACUUGUGAAAUUGAUGUCAAUGAAUGUGCCAGCGUACCGUGUCAGAAUGGUGCCACGUGCAUAGACCAGGUCAGAGGUUAUAGGUGCGAAUGUCAAGAAGGAUAUUACAGUACAUUUUGUGAGCUGGAAAUUAUGGAAUGCCGGAGUAACCCGUGCCAAAAUGGAGCUACCUGCACAGACGAGGUGAACCUGUUUGUGUGUGUUUGUACACCAGGAUAUAGUGGAGAACUCUGUGAGGUAGAUGUUAAUGAAUGCCAGAGUAAUCCUUGUUUUAAUGGCGGAACAUGUGUUGAUAGUUUAAAUGCAUUUUUAUGUCAAUGCAUUCCUGGAUUCCUUGGAGCUAUGUGUGAAGUUGAAAUUCUUGAAUGUGCUAGUGGACCAUGCCAGAACAAUGCCACAUGCAUUGAGGGCAUUGAUGCAUUUGCAUGUCUCUGUCUAGCUGGUUUUGAAGGUGUGCUAUGUGACAUUGAGAUAAAUGAAUGUGUGAACAAUCCUUGCCGCAAUGGGGCCGAAUGUGUGGAUCUCAUAAAUGACUUUGAAUGUGAAUGCAUUAAUGGAUUCACAGGCGUAACAUGCAAUGAAGAUUUUAAUGAAUGUAGCAGCCAGCCAUGCCAGAAUGGUGCCACGUGCAGUGACCUCAUUGCAGCCUAUAUCUGCUCAUGUCCAGCUGGUUUCUAUGGCACACACUGCGAAUUGGAAACAGUUGAAUGCUCAAGUAAUCCAUGUUUAAAUGGUGCAUUGUGCAUCGACAUAAUUAAUGGAUACUUUUGUCAAUGUACUGAUGGUUACUCUGGGACAAACUGCGAGAUAAAUAUUGAUGAGUGCUCAAGCAGUCCCUGCCGCAAUGGUGCCACGUGUAAUGACAAUGUGAAUGGCUACAUGUGCUUGUGCAUUGCCGGAUACCAGGGUUCAUUUUGUGAAGAGAACAUUCGUGAGUGUGCCAGCAAUCCAUGUCGCAACGGAGGCCAGUGUGUUGAUGAGCUGAAUGGCUACCAAUGUGUCUGUCAAACAGGAUUUGAGGGGUCACGAUGUGAGGUUGAGAGCGAUGAAUGUUCAAGCUUUCCAUGUCUUAAUAAUGGAGUCUGUAUUGAUGAUGUUAACAGUUUCACCUGCAUAUGCUUGGACGGUUUGAUCGGCACUUUAUGCGAAAGCAACAUUGACGAAUGUGCAAGUGCACCAUGUUUUAAUAACGCUGUUUGUAUUGAUUUCAUCAACCAGUUUCAAUGCAGAUGUCAGACUGGAUAUCAAGGAACUCUCUGUGAAGUUAAUACCGAUGAAUGCUUAAGCUCACCAUGUCUGAACAACGCAGCAUGUAUUGAUUACGUCAAUGGUUAUUCUUGCUCCUGUCUGCCUGGAUUCAGUGGCUUGCGGUGCGAAAUCGAUCAGAAUGAGUGUGCUGCUAAUUUGUGUCAGAAUGGAGCAACAUGCAUUGACCAGUUUGGUGACUAUACCUGCACAUGUGUAAAUGGCUAUGAGGGGAGAAAUUGCGAAGUAGACACCGACGAAUGUGCCAGCAAUCCCUGUCGAAAUGGUGCCACAUGUAUUGAAGGUUUAGCAAGUUAUACCUGUAUUUGCGUUUUAGGAUACUACGGAUUAAAUUGUGAGACUGAAAUCAUUGAAUGUGGAAGCUCACCUUGCCAGAACGGAGGAACUUGCAUCGAUGAACAGGGAGGUUAUCGUUGCUUAUGUGUUAUUGGAUUUACUGGGACACAUUGUGAGGGUAAUAUAGAUGAAUGCGCCAGCAGCCCUUGUUUGAGUCCAGCAACGUGCAUUGAUAGCGUAAAUGGCUUUACGUGUAGCUGCAGUCCAGGAUAUAGUGGCGAUCUCUGCGAAGUGGAGAUAAACGAGUGUGCCAGCAACCCGUGUAGGAACAACGCUACCUGUAACGAUUUCGUAUCUUAUUAUGUUUGUGAAUGCCAGCCUGGUUUCGAAGGAGCUGGUUGCCAGACCAACAUCAAUGAGUGCGCAUCAUCACCGUGCAUUAAUGCACCAUGCACGGAUCAAAUCAACGGCUAUGAAUGCGACUGUCCAUCGGGAUUUUAUGGUGAUAAUUGUGCAAAUGACAUUAACGAAUGUGAUAGUAAUCCUUGUCUAAAUGGUGCUAUUUGUGUUAAUAUGGUUGAUGAGUAUGUUUGUGCUUGCAUUAAUGGUUUUUCUGGGGUCAACUGUGAGGAAGAGAUUCAAGAAUGUGAUAGUAAUCCCUGUUUGAAUCAAGGAGUGUGUACCGAAGAUAUUGGCGGAUACACUUGCAUGUGUUCGCCAGGAUUCAUCGGGGACGUUUGUGAAGUUAAUGUCAACGAAUGCCUCUCAGGUCCGUGUUUGAAUGGUGCAGGUUGCGUUGACGACGCAAAUGGUUACAUAUGCACUUGUUUAAUUGGCUACCAAGGUGAUGAUUGUGGAACUAAUGUUAACGAUUGUGCAGAUGAUCCUUGCAACAACGGAGCUGCGUGCAUUGAUCAAGUUAACGGGUACACUUGCACAUGCGUGCCAGGCUUUGAAGGAACACAUUGCGAGUUGGAAAUCAACGAGUGUGAAAGCAGCCCUUGUAGAAACAAUGGGCAGUGUUUGGAUUAUUUAAACGCGUACUUAUGCAACUGUACCGAGGGAUUUGCUGGACGUUUGUGCGAGCUAGAAGCGGAUGAAUGCGAAAGCAGUCCAUGUCUUAACGGAGCUGUGUGCCAAGACCGGUUCAAAGGUUACAGCUGUGUUUGUGCUGAUGGUUUCUAUGGUAUCAACUGCGAAAUUGAUUAUCCUGAGUGUGGUAGCGGACCUUGUUUGAAUGAUGCAACAUGCGUCGAUCUUGUUAAUCGCUAUGAGUGCAGGUGUGCUGAUGGAUUUACAGGUUUAAAUUGCGAGACUGAAAUUAACGAGUGUUUGAGUUUCCCGUGCCGAAAUGGGGCAACGUGUGAAGAUCAAAAUGGACGCUACUUCUGUGUCUGCGUACCUGGUUACUUUGGUACCCAGUGCGAGAGUGAGUCGGAGGAGUGUGCAAGCAAUCCGUGCCAAAAUGGGGCUACUUGUAUAGAUCUUUUCAAUGAAUAUACUUGCCAGUGCCGGACAGGUUUUACAGGGUAUAACUGCGAUAUAAAUAUUAAUGAUUGUUUGAACCAGCCUUGUCAGAACGCUGGUCAGUGUGUGGAUGGUGUCAAUACGUAUAGCUGUGUUUGCCCGCAAGGCUUUGAGGGCAUUAUUUGUCAAACAGAGAUAGAUGAGUGUGCCUCUAAUCCGUGCAUUAAUGGCGGCAUAUGUCAGAACCAGGUGAAUGCGUUUGUAUGCAGUUGCAUUCCUGGUUACUCAGGAACAAGGUGUGAAACUGAUAUCUUUGAAUGCGGCAGCAGCCCUUGCUUAAAUGGAGGGCUGUGCCAGGAUUUGUUGAACGCUUACCGUUGUCAAUGUCAGUCCGGAUUUAGCGGAACCAACUGCGAGAUUGAUGGUGAUCAGUGCGCGAGUAAUCCAUGUCUGUUUGGCGGCACGUGUGUAGAUCUGGUGAAAGCGUAUCGCUGUGAAUGCCCCACAGGAUUUUCUGGUACCAACUGUGGUCAGGAUGUUCUCGAUGAGUGUGAAAGUUCUCCUUGCCAGAAUGGAGGUGUUUGUCGAAACCUACUUGGAGCUUAUGCUUGUGAUUGUACUGGAAGUUGGAUUGGCACUAAUUGUGACAAUGAUAGAAACCAUUGUGAGCCAGAUCCAUGCCAGAAUAAUGGAAUAUGCCGUGAUAUAUUCCAGGGGUAUUUGUGUCAGUGUGAACCUGGCUUUCAAGGUGUUAAUUGCGAAAUGGACACUAAUGAAUGUGAUAGUUCCCCGUGUCAGAAUGGUGGUACCUGCCUCAAUCAACCAAACAGCUUUCUCUGUAUUUGCCCAGUUGGUUAUGUUGGAACCAACUGUGGCUCGGAGCUGUUUGAGUGCGGAAGUAGCCCAUGUUUAAAUGGAGCAGCUUGUCUUGAUCGAGUAGGCGGCUAUGAGUGUAGCUGCGUACCAGGAUACAUUGGCUCACGAUGCGAGCUCAAUAUCGAUGAAUGCGCUAGUUCUCCAUGUAGUAACCAAGCUAAUUGUCAAGAUAUGGUUAAUGGUUACGUCUGCAUAUGUCCAAAUGGCUUCACUGGAACAUCUUGCGAUGUCGAUGUAGAUGAGUGCGCAAGCUUUCCGUGCUUGAAUGGUGGAACAUGUACCGAUUUAGUAGCAGCGUACGGAUGUUCGUGUCCGAGUUCCCACCAAGGUUUACGUUGUGAAACUGAAUUCAACGAAUGCUCGUCAAACCCGUGUCAAAAUGGUGGCCAGUGUAUUGAUGAUUUCAAUUCUUUUGUGUGUCAGUGCGCCGUCGGUUAUCAGGGCUCAUUUUGCAGCAUUGAAAUUGAUGAAUGUUCAAGCAACCCGUGUUUGCGAGGUGGGACGUGCCAGGAUCUUGUUGCAGCAUACCAAUGUAUAUGUACACCUGGGUAUGUUGGACAAAGGUGUGAAACGGAGUCUCAGGAAUGCAGUAGCAGUCCGUGUCUUAAUGGAGCCUUGUGUGUGGAGCUCUUGAAUGCCUAUCGAUGCGAAUGUGUCAAUGGCUUCACUGGUACUGUCUGUGAGAUAAACAUUGAUGAAUGUGGCAGCAACCCUUGUUUCAAUGGAGGUACAUGUCUGGAUCUGGUGAACGCAUUCACAUGUGUUUGUCCACAGUCUUUCACCGGCACAUUCUGCGAACUCUUUCUUGAUGCAUGUUCGUCGAAUCCAUGCGAAAAUGGUGCAGUGUGUCAGAACGACGGUACAGGUCGAUUCGUCUGUAAUUGUCCACCCGGCUUUACUAAUCUGCUUUGUAAUGAAGACAUAAAUGAGUGCGGUAGCAACCCGUGUAUGAGUGGUGGACAGUGUGUUGACCAGGUUAAUAGUUACAGAUGUCAAUGUGCUGUUGGCUACACUGGUACUCUGUGUCAGUUUGAAACCAAUGAAUGUUCGUCCAGCCCUUGCUUUGGUGGUGGAACAUGCAUCGAUGGCAUUGGCCGAUACACUUGUACAUGUCCAAGCACACGCACUGGAUUACGGUGUGAAUUUGAGGCGGCUUGCUCCAAUAAUCCGUGCCAGAAUGGAGCCAUUUGUAACCCACCUCCAGGUGGUGUCGGAACCCCUACCUGUACCUGUUUGCCAGGGUUUUCAGGGCAGCUUUGUGAGAUCAAUAUCAACGAAUGCUCUUCAAAUCCUUGUGGAGUUUAUGGAACAUGUCAAGAUUACGUGAAUGCAUAUUUCUGUCAAUGUCAAGCUGGGUAUGGCGGGGACAGAUGUACUGACCCUCAAGAGGUAUGCAAUCCAAGCCCAUGUAUAAAUGGCGGAUACUGUUGCCAACAAGGAUUACCCGGUUGCCCUACAAAUAUUCCUGUUGGUGAAUUUCAGUGCUUCUGUCGGAAUGGUUACAGUGGUGAUCGUUGCGAAAUCGAGAUCGAUCAAUGCUUAGCCUCUCAAGAACCGCCAUGUUUGAACAACGGCAGGUGUAUUGACACGACUGACGCAUACAUCUGUGAAUGUCUGUCGGGCUAUACCGGUUCUCGCUGUGAAUUUGAUAUUCCGUGUUCCCCGGAUCCGUGUGUCAACGGUGCUUGUCAGAUCAUUGGCAAUACAUAUUCUUGCUUGUGCAAUGACGGAUAUACAGGACAAAACUGUGAUGUCGAAAUUCAGCCGUGCGAUAGUCUUCCAUGUUUGAAUAAUGGCCAGUGUCAGAACAUCGGAGAUAACUAUCUGUGUACUUGUCCAUCAAACUACAUCGGAGAUCAAUGCGAGACACUUGUAACUCCUUGCGACAGUAAUCCAUGUGUUAAUGGCUUAUGUAAUGUGAUCAAUAAUAAUGCAUAUUUUUGUCAGUGUAACACAGGGUAUACAGGUGAUGACUGUCAGACACGUGUUCUACCUUGUGAUAGUGCCCCAUGCAUAAAUGGUAACUGUUUUAAUAAUGGCGAUAAUUACAUUUGUCAAUGCACGUCGGGCUAUACAGGAUUCAAUUGCAAUCAACGGAUCAUGCCAUGUGAUAGCAAUCCCUGUGUGUACGGAACGUGUAUCAAUCAAGGUGACGCGUACGUGUGUAACUGUAAUUCUGGGUUUAUUGGCACGAAUUGCGAUGCUACACUGCCCCCAGAACCCUGCGAUAGCAAUCCCUGCUUGAAUGGUGGAACCUGCUCUAACAACGGUUAUGACUCCUAUACAUGCCAAUGUACUGGGCUAUUUAGUGGCGAUAGGUGCGAAUCUGCACUCCCAAGUCCAUGUGAUACUCAGCCUUGCCAAAAUGGUGCCCUCUGUGUUGAGGCAGGUUCUGCAAGCGGUUUUACUUGUACCUGUAGAGGGGGAUAUGUUGGUGAUCUCUGCCAGACUACUGUUGUGUCGUGCAGUCCCAUAAAUCCUUGUCAAAAUGGAGGUGUUUGCUAUGAAGAUUCUGUCGGACCAUUCUGUGACUGCAGCCCUACAAAUGGUUACCAAGGUCUGUGGUGUGAUCUCGCUGCUGGCGUUUGCUAUCCAAAUGAUCCGUGCCUGAAUGGCGGUGUAUGCUGGGAUUUAAGUGGACAACUUUAUUGUGACUGCCCUCGUGGGUAUGAUGGGACAUUUUGUCAGCUUGUUGUAGCUACUGGUUGUGAUGGUAACCCGUGCGUCAGAGGAGAUUGUUUAGAAGAUGGAUCAGGAAAUUUUGUUUGCAGAUGUCCCCCUGGCUACAGCGGAGAUCGUUGUGAACUGACGGAUGACUGCAGCGUUAGCCCUUGUCAAAAUGGCGGCACCUGUAACAAUGUCAAUGGAAUCAACCGGUGUUCAUGCUCAAGUGGCUACGAUGGACCACUUUGUGAAAAUGCUUUGGACGGCUGCGCCUCAAACCCCUGCCAAAAUGGAGGGCAGUGUAGCAUUACAGGGUCUAUAUAUAUUUGUACAUGUGCUCAAGGAUAUACUGGUACUGCGUGUGAAUUUGAAAUAAAUGAAUGCAUUGGAAAUAUCUGUCAGAAUGGAGCGACCUGCAGUGACCUUGUCAAUGCCUAUAGGUGUGAAUGUCCUUCGGGUUAUUCUGGCAGCUAUUGUGAAAUACAGUCAAGUUGUCUCAAUUCCCCUUGCCAGAAUGGUGCAGUCUGUUUCAACACACCUAACUCUCUCUACGGAACAACUUACACUUGCCAGUGUACCGCAGGGUAUGCCGGGGUCAAUUGUGAGAGCCUUCAGGACGCAUGUGCUCGCAACCCCUGUCCAACCAACGUCCCAUGUCAGAACCUGGCUCAAGGAUUUUCUUGUAAUUAUUGUGCGACCGGCCCAUGUCAGAAUGGUGGUGGAUGCAGUUUAGAUGUUUCCAAUGUGUUAGGCUACACCUGUACUUGUCAGCUGGGCUACACAGGUGUCCACUGUGAGACGAAUACUAAUGAAUGUGCUUCUUCACCCUGUGCAAAUAAUGGGAACUGCCAAGACUUGGUAAAUGGAUAUAUUUGUAGCUGUGUAAGCCCGUACUUUGGAACUGUAUGCCAGAGUACAAUUUGUGACAGCGUUCAGUGUGCAAACAACGCCCCAUGCUUGCCGCUCACAACGUCAACAUAUUCUUGCCUGUGUCUGGUUGGGACAACUGGGCCAACAUGUUCACAAAGUUUAUCUGUACAGAUUCCCUUAUUUGGUGCCAACAGUUAUCUACAGUACAGUCAUACAUUCACUUCACCUUUGGCCAUUACAUUGUCUGCUUCUUCAAGUUUGCCUAAUGGUCUGAUACUUUACACUGUGCCUGUUGUAGAGAAUGGCGACUAUAUCGCUCUGUAUUUGCAGUCAGGAAGGAUUGAAUUCAGAAUGAGAUACGGUUUGCUUACAAGCAUCGUUGCAUUGACGAGUCAACAGUCAUACGGAGAUGGUAAUUUCCAUACUAUAGACAUUGAGCAGUCCGGACAGAAUCUGCUCAUGUCGGUUGAUGAGACAGACAGAGUAUCUAUCGCCAUCAGUGGAAGUGCUUUCACUGGAUCAAGUAAAGUAUAUAUUGGUGGAUUGGCACCGGAUGUUGUACCACGAGUGUCGUUCAUAAGGGACACACUUGACGGCUGCGUACAGGACCUACAGCUGAGUAACUUAGCGAUUGGCCUGCUCACAUCGUACGUUGCUGGCGCCAAUAUAGGAAACUGUCAAGUGGACGUGUGUCAAAACAUUGACUGCAAUGGACGAGGGCAGUGUAAUGAAUUGCCUGGUAGCGGUUAUAGUUGUACUUGUAAUUCUGGUUACAAUGGGCAAGACUGUGAAGCUUCGAUUUGUGAAGGUAAUCCGUGUCUGAACGGAGGGACGUGUGUCAAUGAUCCAUCAGGAACUGUCUGUUCAUGUACAGUAGGAUUUGCUGGACCCGUCUGUGAAAUGAGUGUUCAAACUCAGGUUCCAUCUUUUUCUAAAACUUCAUACAUCAAGUUUCCUCUUCCAUCUGAUGCAUCCGUCCUCAGCAGCCUUACUUUGUCCAUGAAAUUCCGUGCGGAAGAUCCAGAUGGCCUCCUACUCUACAGCCGACAGGAUAAUAUCAUGGGCGACUUUUUUGCUUUGUCGUUGACAAAUCAAAGAGUGGAAUUUGAAUUCAAUCUAGGUGGAAGUACUGGUCAGCUGAUUAGUGACAUCAUACCCCUCAAUACGUGGAUCACAGUAGACGUCACACGGACAGGCCGAGAUGCGCAGAUGCUUGUGACUGGUCAAAGUACAAAGCUAGGUACUGCUGCAGGGUCUUUGACCUCCCUCAAUGUUAACCCGGAAGUGUUUGUUGGUGGCAUGGAUGAUAUCACUGCAGCUUCAUUGAGGGCGCAGGUGUUUUCUGGUUUUGAUGGUUGCAUCUUAUCAUUAACGAUUCAAGGAUACAGUUAUAGCUUUGACUCGGGUGAGUACUUAAGCGGAGCCAACAUUGCCCAGUGUGAUGAGGACCUUUGCCAGGCUACACCCUGCAUGAACGGGGCAACCUGUAUGACGCUCACUGGGUCAUACUCGUGUACAUGUAGCUCAGGAUAUUCGGGAUUUAACUGUGAGACUAGUGCAGACUUUUGCUUGAAUAAUAACUGUGCAGCAGGAGCAACGUGUGUUCCCACUGCGACUUCAUUCAGAUGUUCCUGCACGCUUGGUAACACCGGUGAAACUUGUUCAGAUAGUUUAGGUCUGUCGGACUUAAUACCAGAGUUUACCGGAAGCUCGUUUAUGGAAUUUUCACCUCCCACCGGUCUAAACCAGCAAACUCGCGUCAGUCUAUCUAUAAGGCCUACACAAAGUUCAGGACUCUUGCUAUAUAUGGAAGAAUUAAAUACAGAUGGAGACUUCUUUUCUCUCGGUCUUGUGAAUAACAUGGUCCAGUUGAGAUACAGAUUAGGGGGUGUAACAGCAAUUGUUAGCAGUGCUACGAUCAGCUUAAACAGCUGGCACCAAGUUACCGUCACCCGAGUGGAGCGCACUGCAGACUUGUACGUAGAUAACCUGAGGUAUACCGGCCAGGCGGGAGGAACGGCAAUUAGCCUAACAGCCAAUAGUAAUCUAUAUAUAGGUGGUCUCGCAGAUUUUGCAAUCCUCCACCCAGAUGGUGGUUUUGUUACUGGGUUUAGUGGAUGUAUGCAAGACUUACAGGUUGGAGGAAAUGCUUUAUCUUCAUUAUCAUGGAGUUCAGCAAUAAAUGGUCGGGAUGUUGGUUAUUGCUCAAUUUCACCCUGUACAACUUCUACCUGCCAGAAUAAUGGAAUAUGCCGUAUUAUCAGUGACCAGCAGUUUGAAUGCAUAUGUACCUCAGGAUGGACUGGACUAACAUGCACCACAGCAACCAAUGUUACCAUUCCAUCCUUUGGAGCCUUGUCAUACAUCUCCUUCUCCUUCGUUUUGGUAACAUCCUCCAACACCGACAUAAUGCUGGAGUUCAAGCCGGAAGAGAGGAAUGGGCUGCUACUAUGGAAUAGUGAAAAUAAUGAUUACAUUGGCUUAGGUUUAGUCAAUGGUAGAGUACAGUUUACAUACAACCUAGGCUCAGGCAGUGCUGUUAUCACCAGCUCAUCUGAGGUAAAUGUAAGCCAGUGGAACACUGUGCGUGCUAUCAGGAGCAUCCAAGACGGCACCUUACAGCUGAAUGGUGCAGCUGCAGUGACUGGCGUAUCCCAGGGAUCCAGUGUCGGCCUAGAUACCGGCGUGAUGACAUAUAUAGGCGGUGUACCAUCCACAAUUAGCUUACCAGCAAAUAUUCAAUUCAGUUCUGGUUUUGUUGGGUGUAUUCGUCAAGUUCAAAUCAACACUCAAGUGCUUGAUCUAAGCAGUCCCAAUGAGGGGUUGUCUAUUUCCGAGUGUUUGGAUAGUGUCUGCAAUUUGCAAAAUCCAUGCCAGAAUGGUGCCACUUGUGUGGACGUUUCAUCAGCCUCAGGCUAUACCUGCAUGUGUCCUCCAGGCUACCUUGGUACCUUCUGCGAUCAAACUGCGUGUGACACUUUGGCAAGUAGCCAACAGUGCCAAAAUGGAGGAAGUUGUUAUAUAAAUGCGAAUGGCCAGACUAUGUGCUUAUGUACCAUUAACUACACUGGAGACCUUUGUACUGAAAGUUUAACUUUCACGUUAGCUGAAUUUAGUGGUCGUAGUUACCUUCAAUAUGGACGAGAGAUUAUUGCAAGCGAUUUUAGUAGCAAUACGUUUGCUAUCGUCUUCAAAGCAAGUGACGCCAGCACUGAUAGCUUGAUACUGUGGAACGGUGCAAAUAUUGAAGACGACUUUAUAGCCCUCGGUCUAAAAUCCAGCAAGAUUGAGUUCCGAUUUAACCUGGGAUCGGGCAUUGGUCAGCUGACGUCUGGCUUCUCAGUUGUGAAUGAUGGCUGGUAUAAUGUUUAUGUACAAAGAUUUGGAAAUUCAGCGACAAUGAUAGUUCAGAAUCCUGGCGGGAAUAGUGAAACCAUUACAGGGAGCAGCACAUGUUGUCAGUCUGGACUUAACACUUUUAGUAGCCUUCUAAUUCUUGGUGGGUAUAGCAGUAGUGUAACCACUUUAACAAAUGGUUAUUUUACCUCCGGAUUUACUGGUUGUAUCGCACAAUUUUCAACAGCUUUAAAUCCAAGUGGUACUCUUACCCAAGUAACUCUACAACAACAGGCUACUAGUGGAGCUGGAAUCAAUGUUUGCUCAUAACUUAAAAAAAAAUAGUGAUAAAUAAAUAACAGUAAUUUGUAAAAGCAAGAAAUUGUGUUGUCCAAACCAUAUACCGUCCAUUUAUAGCAAUAUAAGGAAAUUACCAAAAAGAAUAAUGCAUAAGUGUGAAGUCUUGCCACAAAAUUGAGUUGAUAACAUAUGUGGUUAGUUCGAUUUUAAAAGCUUUAAUUUGGUCUUUGAAUGGCUCUCCUAGCAUAAGUAAAUCCAGAGAUGUGAACAUUUGAAGUUAGGUGUAUGAGAACCAGGUUUUGGGAAAAUCCACUCCAAAGAUAAACUUACUGGUAAAAAUAAUAGGACUAGAAUUUACAGUUAGUAAAUGUGCUUUAAAGGUAAACUAUCAUGAAAUGUUAUGUAUCAAAUUAUUCAAAAAAUUCAAUUCAAUUUUGACUGACCUAUUUUGAUAAAUAUCUCAAUAUGACUUCACACGAUGCAUCCGAUUUUGUGGUGAGAGCUUACAUAUAUGUGGAAUUUUUUAUGUAUAUUAUUCAAUAAGUUUGUACCAAAUGCAAAGUCUUUUCUAAAUAAAAUAGGGCAUAUACCGCUUAAGAUUUUUGUCAGAUUUAAAAGUCAAUUUGCAUGCACGAGUCUUCUGGAAAUCAAGCAAAAAUUCUCCCGGACUCGUAAUCCAUUUACAUUUAAUGUUUGCAAGUUUUUAAUACUGUAUCAGUGGCAGCGCUAGGAUUUCCACUACAGCAGGGCAAUGCCACCGACAGGCUGGGAAAGAGUUGUACUUCGGCACGUAGGUCCAAGUCGAGGGGAGCGUUUGAUGAGAACAUCAAGGCAUCUUGACCUUAUUUUAACAAAAUAUUUGAUAGAUUUUCAAGCUUGCAUACUGUGGGUAAUGCUUAACAAUUUAAUUCAUGUAAAUUAUGUGUUUUACUCAUCAAGUAUUUAAUCUGCUAAAGAAUAAUAGAUAAUUUUAUAAUAUAUAAAAAAUGAAAAAAAAAAAUAUCUUUUAAUACUUCUACCUUGUAUAAAUGUAUAGGCUAAGUUUAUUUUAUACGUUGGUAUUAUUGUUAAUUAUGAAUUAUUGAAUAUUUUGGUUAUUAUAGCUGUUAUUAAAAAAAAAUAAUGUUUAAUAUUAAAGUGUUCUUGAUAUUUAUAUUAUUAUUUAUUACCACUGAUUUUAUUAUUAUUAUUACUGUUAGUGUUAUAAUAAUGUUUUUAUACAUAAGUCUGAUUUUAUUAUUUGUUUUUAAACCAAAAAAACAGUAACUCCAAAUGACAAAGCCAUUUUGAGAAUCCAUGUCUCAAUCUAUUUGACCUUUAUUAGUUGUAUAAUUAGUUUAAUAGGGAGCUUCCGUUUUGUGGGACGAUGCGAUGCUAGAAU